AUGUCAUAUCUUCAAAAUAUCUUACAAGAUAUUUUUCUGUCCUUCCUAAGCUUUAGUUGGUUUUCAAAGCAUGGUCUUAGUUUCUUUGCAAAUGUAGUUGUUUCUUUUUUAAAUAAACAGAAUCUAAGCGAAAAAGAUUUUUUAAGCGAGUGUAAAGAAUCAAGGAGUGUGUCUUUAAGUUUUGGUUCUUGGUUCCUUGCAGCUCUUCAUAAAAGGCAGGUAUUCGGUUCUUUGCAGUUUUUUAUGGGCAAGCAAUGGUUUUCAGUUCUUGCUGCUCUUCGCAAAAAGGAAGAUAGAGAUAAAGGGAAGUUUAAGGUGGAUGACGAAUCAGUAGAAAAAGUAGUGGAAGUUAUAAAUGAUUUGAGAUCAGAAAAUCAAUCAACUUCCACGCAACAAAGUAUUGAUACGGGAUCAGAGAACUACCCCAACAGCACCCAGAAAAAUUCUUCAAUCACGUGA